AUGUCAAGCAAAGACGAAAUCAAAUUUGAACUUGUUAACUACAAGCCAUCCAAGGAGGAAGAGUUAGUGAUUCGGUCUGCUGUAUUCAAUUUCAUCACAUUGGCCACCAUUGGCGCCGCUUCACUUGGCAUGUCUGCACGUCUCUGGGCAAGAUCAAGGGCAACGGCUCAAAGACCAGCAACCGCUAUACCAACGAUCUUGGGCACAUUUGCAGGCUUGACAUGUGGCGGUGUACUUGGCAUGGACAAGGGAAUGCACAAACUUCGCGAAUCACUGCCCAAGGAUUCUCAUCUGUUGAAGAUUAUCCACGAAAAUGAUCAAUUAAAGCAACAAGCACAAGAGACAUUGUUUAGUGGGCCUAUUGCUCAGUCCACAGAGCAACAAGACACUUCAUUAUUCAACGAUGAUGCCAUGCAGCAGUUGCAAGACGACACGCAAUUGGAGAUCAUGUCAGAUCAAGUAGCAUUGGAUGAUACAAAUGCUUCGAUCAGACAACUGGAAUAA